GGUACUCUAACGAGACGAGAGAGGAAAAGGGGAAGGUACAUCUAAUCAUUCGAAAGUUGCACCUAACUCUACCAAAAGCUCCCUAGAUCUCUUCGUGACAUAGACUGCAACUUCUUCUUUUCUUUUCUUUUUUGACUUGUAGACUGCAACUUCUUGAUCCACCCUCAAUAGUCAAUACUCUCCUCGCCGCAGAAGAAUGCCACAUCCUCCGUUACAAGAAUUCCCUUCCAUGGCCCGUUACGGCCCUGCAACGACAUUCACUAGGCCCGUUAGGAAGUGGCGUAAGGAGUGGGUCCCCAUCGCCGCCGCCACGGCCACGGCAACCUCCGCUGCUGCCUCCUCCACCGGGACCGUAUCUUUAGCUUCUUUUGGGUUUCCUGCUUGCCUAAAGAUUCAUUUUUCUGCCGAUUCAGUUUUCUGUAUGUUGGUCGAAUUGAACUCUUGUGUGUAUUUACUGAGUCUGGACACACGACAGGUUUCUGUAGUCCAAGGUCAAAGACAAGAAUCUGCCAAAUCUGAUAAUGAGAACAAGGCCAAUGAUGGAGAACCUUCAUCUGCUGAAACCGAGCAAUCUAAUGGAAAGGCCAAUAUUGGUGAUACACUUAUGGAUGAAUCUCAGGUAACAUUUUUCAGUAAUUAG